GAAUAAUCCAUCAUGAUUACCACAAACAAAACACCCAAAAAUAGCAAAGACCUCCACUUCCCCCCACAUUCCUCUUCUCCUUUCCCUCUUCCUCUGAACUCUUCCUUUCUCUCUCCCUCCUAAUCUCUGACCCAGAAAACCAAAGUAACCCAGAAAAGAUGAUACACCUUCUAUACACAGUAAUCUUUGGAGAAGCAGCAAUGAUAAUGUUGCUGUUAUUCAAAUCUCCAUUAAGAAAACUCGUAAUUGCCGUCCUUGACAAAAUUAAGCGUGGGCGUGGCCCAAUUGUUGUCAAAACUGUCUCUGCUACAAUCUCCAUUUUUUUCAUUUCAACCCUUUAUAGCACUCUUAAGAUCCAACGCCGUGGAAUUGGUGAAGAUGGUGCGCCUGAUGCUCUUAACCCUACUGAUCAAGUCCUCUUUUCUAAGCACCUUCUUGAAGCUUCUCUUAUGGGAUUCAUCCUGUUUCUUUCGCUCAUGAUUGAUCGUCUGCACCACUACAUCAGAGAACUUCGUUUAAGAAGGAAGACCAUGGAGGCUGUGAAGAAGAAUGACGUGAAAUGUGCAGGCCCUGAGGAAAUAAAAGCCAGAGAGCAGCAGGUAGAGACAUUCAAGGCUAUGAUUAGACAGCUCGAAUCAGAUCUUGAGAGUAAGGUUAAGGAAGCAAGUACAUCAGAAGCUACUGUUGAGGCUCUUAGGAAGCAAUCUGAGGGACUGCUUCUUGAAUAUGACCGUUUGUUAGCAGAAAACCAAGAAUUUCGGAAUCAAUUACAUACAUUGGACCGUAGAAAUUCAUUUUCCUCGGGCAAGAAGGAUUCAUAAAGAGUUUUCUGCAACGCGUGUGAAAGAUUUUGUACGUUCCUCAGUCUUCCUUUGAAGUCACAAAAGUUUUACAUUUUUGACCUCUAUACUUUACAUCAGAGCAAGACACUAUAACUGGACAAGAAAAAAGAUACUGGAAGUCAUAUAAGAGGAGUUAUUCUGAAUUGUGCGUUUGCUCAUGAACAGUAUGCAUAGAUUUUUUUUUCUUUUUAUAAUUUAUAAAAUAGCAUUUCGUAAUGUAUGUGUUUGGAAGUUUUAGAGUUCUAGUAGACAUUAUUUUUGUUUGUUUGGUCAAUAUCUUCAUUUAUUUAUUUGUUUUCUGACACUUUAAGUUCUGCUAGUUCAAACUCCACUUGGUAA